UCGCGGCCCCCCGCUCCCUCCCUCCCCCCCUGACCCCCGACCCCCGCCGGCCGGCCCCCCGCCCCAGCCCCGGAGGGAGCUCAUGGGAGUAUGAAGGAGAUGGUAGGAGGCUGCUGCGUAUGUUCGGACGAGAGGGGCUGGGCCGAGAACCCGCUGGUCUACUGCGAUGGGCACGCGUGCAGCGUAGCCGUCCAUCAAGCUUGCUAUGGCAUCGUCCAGGUGCCAACAGGACCCUGGUUCUGCCGGAAAUGUGAAUCUCAGGAACGUGCAGCCAGGGUGAGGUGUGAGCUGUGCCCACACAAAGACGGGGCAUUGAAGAGGACUGACAAUGGAGGCUGGGCCCAUGUGGUGUGUGCCCUCUACAUCCCGGAGGUGCAGUUUGCCAACGUGCUUACUAUGGAGCCCAUUGUGCUGCAAUACGUGCCUCAUGAUCGCUUCAACAAGACUUGUUACAUCUGUGAGGAGCAGGGUCGGGAGAGCAAGGCAGCCUCAGGAGCCUGUAUGACCUGUAACCGGCAUGGAUGUCGACAAGCUUUCCAUGUCACCUGUGCCCAGAUGGCAGGCCUGCUGUGUGAGGAAGAAGUGCUGGAGGUAGACAACGUCAAAUACUGCGGCUACUGCAAAUACCACUUCAGCAAGAUGAAGACAUCCCGGCACAGCAGCGGGGGAGGUGGAGGAGGAGGAGGAGGAGGAACAGGCACAGGAGCUGGAGGAGGAGGUGGAGGCGGUAGCAGCGGCACCAGCGGUGGCAGUGGUGGUGGUGGCACAGGGGGAGGCGGUGGCAGCAGCAGCAGCAGCAGCAGCUUCCUUACUGGCAGGAGAAGCCGGUCAGCCUCGCCAACCACUCAGCAGGACAAGCACCCUACCCACCAUGAGAGGGGCCAGAAGAAGAGUCGAAAGGACAAAGAACGCCUUAAACAGAAGCACAAGAAGCGGCCUGAGUCUCCCCCCAGCAUCCUCACCCCGCCUGUGGUCCCCACUGCUGACAAGGUCUCCUCCUCAGCUUCCUCUUCCUCCCACCAUGAAGCCAGCACUCAGGAGACCUCUGAGAGCAGCAGGGAUUCGAAGGGGAAAAAGUCUUCCAGCCAUAGCCUGAGUCAUAAAGGGAAGAAACUGAGCAGUGGGAAAGGUGUGAGCAGUUUUACCUCCGCCUCCUCCUCUUCUUCCUCCUCCUCCUCUUCCUCCUCCUCUGGGGGGCCCUUCCAACCUGCAGGCUCAUCCCUGCAGAGCUCCCCUGACUUCUCUGCAUUUCCCAAACUGGAGCAGCCAGAGGAUGACAAGUACUCCAAGCCCAUAGCCCCCACCCCGUCAGCCCCUCCCUCACCCUCAGCCCCAGAGCCUCCCAAGGCCGACCUCUUUGAGCAGAAAGUGGUCUUCUCUGGGUUUGGGCCCAUCAUGCGUUUCUCUACCACCACCUCCAGCUCUGGCCGGGCCCGGGCCCCCUCCCCUGGGGAUUAUAAGUCUCCCCAUGUCUCUGGGCCCGGGGCCUCAGCUAGUACCCACAAGCGGAUGCCUUCCCUGAGUGCCACCUCUGCACCCACUGAGGUGACCCCUGAGACAGUCCUGAAGGAGAAGAAGCACAAAGCCAGCAAGAGGAGCCGGCAUGGGCCCGGCCGUCCCAAGGGCAGCCGGAACAAGGAGGGCGCUGUGAUCUCAGCUGCCCCCUCCCUGCCCGGGGCCCAGCUGGCUGGCUUCACCGCCACUGCUGCCUCACCUUUCUCUGGAGGUUCCUUAGUCAGCUCUGGCCUAGGAGGUCUGGCCUCCCGCACCUUUGGGCCUUCUGGGAGCUUGCCUAGCCUGAGCCUGGAAUCCCCUCUACUGGGUACAGGCAUCUACACCAGUAAUAAGGACCCCAUCUCCCAUGGUGGUGGGAUGCUUCGGGCUGUCUGCAGCACGCCCCUCUCCUCCAGCUUGCUGGGACCCCCCGGGACCUCGGCCCUGCCUCGCCUCAGCCGCUCCCCGUUCACCAGCACCCUCCCCUCCUCCUCUGCUUCCAUCUCCACCACUCAGGUGUUUUCUCUGGCUGGCUCUACCUUCAGCCUCCCUUCCACCCACAUCUUUGGAACCCCCAUGGGCACUGUUAACCCUCUCCUCACCCAAGCCGAGAGCAGCCAUACAGAGCCAGACCUGGAGGACUGCAGCUUCCGUUGUCGGGGGACCUCCCCUCAGGAGAGUCUGUCUUCCAUGUCCCCCAUCAGCAGCCUUCCAGCCCUCUUCGAUCAGACAGCAUCCGCACCCUGUGGGGGCAUCCAGCUAGACCCAGCGGCCCCAGGAACUACUAAUAUGGAACAGCUGCUGGAGAAGCAGGGCGAUGGGGAGGCUGGAGUCAACAUUGUAGAGAUGCUGAAGGCUUUGCACGCGCUGCAGAAAGAAAACCAGCGACUGCAGGAACAGAUCCUGAGCCUGACGGCCAAGAAGGAACGCCUGCAGAUUCUCAAUGUGCAGCUCUCCGUGCCCUUCCCUGCUCUGCCUGCCGCCCUGCCUGCCACCAAUGGCCCAGUCCCUGGGCCCUAUGGCUUGCCACCCCAAGCCGGCAGCAGUGACUCCUUGAGUACCAGCAAGAGUCCUCCAGGGAAGAACAGCCUUGGCCUGGACAACUCGCUGUCCACAUCCUCUGAGGACCCACACUCAGGCUGCCCAAGCCGCAGCAGCUCGUCGCUGUCCUUCCACAGCACGCCCCCACCGCUGCCCCUGCUCCAGCAGAGCCCUGCUACUCUGCCCUUGGCCCUGCCUGGGGCCCCAGCCCCGCACCCACCCCAGCCUCAGAAUGGAUUGGGCAGGGCACCUGGGGCAGCAGGGCUGGGGGCUAUGCCCAUGGCUGAGGGGCUGUUGGGGGGACUGGCGGGCAGUGGGGGCCUGCCCCUCAAUGGGCUCCUGGGGGGGUUGAAUGGGGCUGCUGCCCCCAACCCUGCAGGCUUGACCCAGGCUGGCGGGGCCCCCACGCUGCAGCUGCCAGGUUGUCUUAACAGCCUGACAGAGCAGCAGAGACACCUCUUCCAGCAGCAAGAGCAGCAACUCCAGCAGCUCCAGCAGCUCCUGGCCUCUCCGCAGCUGACCCCGGAGCACCAGACCGUUGUCUACCAGAUGAUCCAACAGAUCCAGCAGAAGCGGGAGCUACAGCGGCUGCAGAUGGCCGGGAGUUCCCAGCUGCCCAUGGCCAGCCUGCUGGCAGGAAGCUCUACCCCACUGCUGUCCACAGGAACCCCUGGCCUGCUGCCCACAGCAUCCGCUCCACCCCUGCUGCCCACCGGAGCCCUGGUGGCCCCUUCACUGGGCAACAACACAAGUCUCAUGGCCGCCGCCGCGGCGGCUGCAGCAGUAGCAGCAGCAGGCGGACCUCCAGUCCUCACUGCGCAGACCAACCCCUUCCUCAGCCUGUCAGGGGUGGACGGCAGUGGCAGUGGCCCCAAAGCUGGGACCGCUGACAAAGGAGCCUCAGCCAACCAGGAAAAAGGCUAAAUCCACUCCUGUUCCUACGUGGAGGGGGCAGAUCCUGGCUUGAGGGGUCCUAGCCUGAAGCAGGCAGGUACCUGGGCCCAGACCACAGAAGAGCCUGGCCCAGAGCCUGUGCUGAGACCCAGGGAGUGCAGGAGCUCCUGGUGCAGAGGAUGGAGCUCUUCUACCUGGCCUUUCCCUCUGUACACUGGUUGCUUCAGAGAGGUGCAGAGGGAGACCAGGCUCUAAGCCUGGCUAGGAGCCCAUAGGCUCAGCAAAUUAGGGGGGGGCUCCCUCCCCAAGAGUAAAGUGGGCCAUGGCAUGAGUGGGGAGGGGUUGGUUGGACCCACAUAAAAUGGAUCAGCACUUGAAUGGAGAGAAGUGGAGGGGCCCCAUGGGCCUGUCCCUGUGUGGAGAUCCCUAUGGAAGAAGGGCUGGCCCAUCUGACCUUCAGUUUCUUCCCAAACUGGGCAGAGGACAGGAGGAGUCUUUUUGACUAUUUCUCCCUGUCCCUUCUGGCACCAAGAGUCCUAAGCUGAGCUUGUAAAAACCUACAGACAGGAGGACUGAGGAAGGGCAGGAUAGCAUAAGACUCAGCCCAGGCUAGCCCUCUUGGGGCCCCCAGUGAUGGGGACAUGAGGGAGGCCCUUGAUGUCCUGCCCCUUGUUUGCACUAUUGGCUGGAGGAGUGCGGAGGGUGGGGAGAUGGAGCUGCCUGACUCCACAGUGAGAGAGAGAGAGAGAGAGAGAGAGAGAGAGAGAGUGUGUGUGUGUGUGUGUGUGUGUGUGUGUGUGUGUGUGACCAUCUGUCUGUCUCUUUCCCUGGACCUAGAGCCACGUAGGGCAGGGAUAAGAAGUGAUGGUCCAGAGGGGGUAGUUCCCAACUUUUGUUUGUACCCUCCCCAUCUCACCAACUCUGGUCCCUUUUCAGGGCAUGAAUGGUUAACAAAAACCAGAAUAGUACUCCAGUAUUGGAGAGUAACUGGGGGCUGGGGGUUUUGAAUCAGGGUAAUAUCCUGCCUUCCUUCCCCCAGGCCCCAUUGGGUCUUAGGGCCCCCUCAGGGCCCCCUUCCCCCAUGAAUAGUUUGGUCCUUUUUUGGCAUAAGGGAUUGGGGGAGGGGACAAGGGGAGUAAAGGGCCACCUUUAGCAAGUCUCUCCCACAAUGAAAGAAUGGCCUGCCUCCCAACCAACCCAACCCCCAUCAAUGAAGGGAGAUACAUACGUUGAUUUAACAACUGUCCUUUCACCCACCAGCUAUUUCCCUGGGUGUAGUGGGUGGUUCUCUCCAGAGCAGUGUCCCCAUCUGCCCAGGGCCUUUAGUGAGAAGGCUGAGUGGACACUGAGAGAGGCGGCCGAGGCCUGUGUCCCUUUCAGAUGCACUGGGUGGAGCUGAGGGUCAGCUUCCAGCUUUCCCUGAUGCUCAUGUCUGUCAGUCUGUGCAUGUGUGCAGUUUUGUGUGUAUCUGUUCGGGUUUUUGUUGUCAUUGGGUUUUUUGGUUUUUUUUUUGUUUCGUUUUUAAUAAAGAAAAGAAGAUGUGUAUAUUUUUGGCAACGACAAAAACGUAGUGCAGAUAUAUUUUUGCCUGUGCUGCUCAACUUUUUUUUUUCUGAUAAUGGAAAAUAAUAUUAAUAUUCCUGGUGAUAAGACUUUGUAAGAUAUUAGAGAGCUAAUAAUGGGCAGGGAGGGUGGGAACCUUCAGAGGUGAUUUCUUAGGCAUUUGUAAGGGCUUUUGGGUGGGGGGGGGACAAUUGUGAUGACCUCAAAAAUACUUUUUAUUAAUGCUAAGUAUCAGAAAGACAGGAUAGAAGUCGGCCUUGUAUCCAUCUUAAUCUAUUAAGCUCUUCAACUCCCUGCCCCCAAGCCACUGAAAAAAAUAACCUUGAGAAACUCUUAGAAGAGUUGCACAUUCACACCCACGCCCUUGCCCAAGGCUGGCCCUGCUGGGAGCUACAGUCUGAAAUCUGUUCUGAUGUCAAGAGGGACAUCCGCGCCGAGGCUGGGGGCUGUGUGGAAUGAGUGGGAAUGCUUUGGUGCACUGGAACCAAGCCACCACCACCCGCUUUCCCUCCCUACCCUAAUCACCUUGACCUCCAACUUCACUGAACCCUCUGAGUUACUCAGGCUGGGAGGAGGCCCUGGCAAAUAGUCAAGUUUGAUUUGAUUAGGGCCUGCAGCUAGGCUUGGGUUGGUGUUGCUUCUGGUAGUGACUCUUCCUUCUGGCUGAGCUCAAUCAGGAAAGCUGUGUAGAGCCUCAGGAGGAAGCGGGAUACUAAGGAUGGCUAUGAUGACCUCAUCCCUUCUCAGCCUCAGUCCAUCUUUUGAGAAUGAACCUGGCUGGGGGUGGGAAGGAUGCAGAUUUGUGGAGCUCUGUCUGGGGUGGGGGGUGGGGGCUUGGGGGAAGGAUGUGGUUUGUAGAGCGGAAAUGGGGUUUGAAAAUGCGUGUGUGGAGUAUGGUGUGUCACCACACCCUCAGCAAGGGGAUGGGAGUGGAGUGCUUGCUGAUUGCUGAACAGGUGCCAGCCAGGGGGUCACAGCUGGUGGGUGAGUGUCAGAGCUGGAAGGGGCUGUCUUCUACGAGUUGGAGCUGGCUCCUGCCUUCACAGAUGACAGCUCCAAGCCUGGGAGGCAAAUGCCCUGUGCAGAGCUGGGACCAGCCUCAGUAGCCAGUCUCCUGGUCUACAGCUUCCCCUUCCCAGUGCAUGGCUUCUGGGCUUCUUCAUGGCUGGCUGUUGGUGUGCAUCCCUGUGUGAGUGACUGCGUGGUAUGAGUGAGGGGCUGUGCCCAGGGUGGGAGGGUGCCUGUGUCGCUGACUGUUGUAGCUCAGAGCUGAUGGAUCCUCUCCAUAGACAUGACACUUUAAGGGUUGCCUUUUUAAAGUUUUCUUUUUUUCCCUCCCCCCCCCCCAGCCUUUGUGAGGUUUCACCUCCUGCUCCUGGGUUUACUGCUGCCUCUAGGUGCCCUGACCUUGAGGCUGCUGUAGACUCUUUUUAUAUGCCCACCCCAGCUAGGAGGUCCCAGGCAGCUCUAAAGAAAGGAGUAACCUUCCCACUUCCCUUUCCAAAGCUGGAAAUGCUGUCAGGUUUUCAAAGAUAGGCUUCCCCCCUUUCCAGCUUCCAGUGUCUUCCUUGGUGUGCAGUUGGCCAGAAUGAGGGGUAGGCAGCUUGCUCAGUUCUUUAUCCCAGCUUACUUCCAGGGGAGAGGUGCCUAGUAGGGUGGAGGUAACUCCAACAGGGAAUCUGGAGAGAAGAGGGUGCCUUCCCACCAUGUUAAUCUGGGUUAAAGGUGUGUCUAGCUCCCACUAGGACACUGUGAUCUGACUAAUGGGGCACUUCGAGUGCCCUCAGUUCUCCUUGGUUCCCUUUCCCCAGCCUAAUUUAGAAUUUAGGGUGGUGGGACUGGCGACCCAAACCCAGGGCCCUCUUCCAUCCCAGCCUCUCUCUUAUGUAGUCAACCUUCCCUUGGGGAGAUGGGAGGGGACUCCGCAGAUUGCAAACCCUGGGAGCUCUUUUUCAUUCUUUCUAAAUCCUUUAUAUCCUCAGCCCAAAAGGCAAUGCCCCUGCCACCUCCAAGCCUGGAAUUGUGCAUAACCCGGAUCUUGUAUCUUUGUAUAACGGAUGUUAUUUGUACGAAGGGCGGUUCCUACAUAGCACUUGUUCUUUUAAUAAAAGAAUGUUUUACAAAAAAGAAAAAUUCCAGCGA